UGUUUCAGACUGAAACUUCUUUGCAUAUAAACUGUGAUGCUUUUCAAUCUUUAGCUGUUUAUCCUCUUUCUGUUCCUGCAGCCAUGUUUGCACCUGAUUUCUGAGUAAAGUCCUCCUUUUUCUUCUUCAGGUGUUUCAGUGAACUCAGGUGUUUCUCUGCAGAAGAGAAUCAUUGGAGGUCUAAACUGUGAUGACACGGAGCGUCUUUAUCAUGUUCGGCUGGAGAGCAGCAAUGUUACUCAUGUGACCCGCUGUGGAGGAUCUCUGAUCCACCCUGAGUGGAUCCUGACUUCAACUCUGUGCUGGAUGUCAGAGCCAGGAUGGACUAACACAGCAAUAUUAAAAGUUAAUCCACGGACUGCAGGGCAGCAGAGUCAGGUAAUCCAAGACAAACCUGUGACUUAUACUCAUGACGACCACCAGCAUGGCAUCAUAUUACUGAAGCUUCAGACCCCAGUAACAGAUGUCCAACCUGCUCUGCUACCAGACUGCAGGCGUCGUUUUAGAGGCCAUAAUGUUAAGCUGGCAGGAGAGGGAGCAACGACAACCGGCCCCAAUAAUAAGCAAUUGAAUAUUUCAGCCAUUCCAGCACAUCUUCAGUGUGUCGACAUGAAAGUUGUUGCUGUUUCCCUUGUUGAGCUGCCAUAUGGACAUAUAUUCCGUGCCAAAGCACCGAACAAGGAAAUAUGCUAUGGCGACACUGGUGGAGCAGCGUUGCACAGCGGCAAGAUUUAUGGAGUGAUUUCUUUUGGUGGAGAAGGUGCAUGUCAGAGUUCAGCUACAAUCAUGGAUGUGUGUAAAUACAAGAACUGGAUUAAAAAAACAAUUAAGCCUGGAAAAUAAACUAUUGUGGAAUAAAACUCAUUAAAUUUCCUC